AUGCGGGCCAUCAAUGCGCUCGCGGUGAUCGUCGUCAUCGUGUGGCUUAUCCCGGUGGCGUGGGUGGCGCUCACCUCGGUCAAGCCCACCAAAGUCAUCAAUGCCGAGACGCCCACGUUCUAUUCGUUCGAGCCGACCGGCGAGCACUAUGUCGAGAUCUUCGACCGCUUCCGCUUCGACCGCGCGAUCGUGAACAGCCUGAUCACGGUGGGUGUCUCGACGUUGAUCGUGAUGAUUCUCGCGCUGCCUGCGGCCUACGCCGUCGCCGAGCAUGGGGCUCAUGGGGGGCGAUACCUGGGCCCUUGUCAUCCUCUCAUUGCGAUUCAUGCCGGGCGUGGUCGUCGUGCUGCCCUAUUUCAAGAUGGCCAAUUGGUUCACCCUGAUCGACACGCAGAUCGUGCUGAUCGUCGUCUAUGUCGCCUUCGGUCUGCCGUUCGCGGUCUGGAUUCUGCGCGGAUUCCUGCUCGAUUUGCCGAAGGAGGUGGAGGAGGCAGCCCGGCUCGACGGGCUGAGCUGGCUGCAGAUCAUCUUCCGCUCAUCCUUGCCGAUGGCGGCACCCGGCAUCGCGGUGACGGCCAUCUUCACCUUCGUCUUCAGCUGGAACGAGUAUCUCUAUGCGCUCUUCCUCACCUACGACAAGGCGACGACGAUGCCGGUCGCGCUGCAAAAGACCAUCGACCUCUACAACGUGCUGUGGGGUUCGCUCAGCGCCGGCGCGGUGAUACAGCUAUUGCCGAUGAUCGCCGUCGUGUUCCUGCUCCAGCGACACAUCGCGCGCGGCCUCGCGCUCGGCGCGGUGAAAUAGGGCCGCCAUGA